UCCAAACGGUCCGCUUCGGAAAGGCUGCUGGCAAAGCGGCGACAAACGUCAUCAUCAUCACCACCACCACAGCAGUGGCCGCUAAAGUUAAUAACACAGCGGCGUUACAGCUUAGCUGAUGGACUUCUAGCAGUGCAGCGCCCGUACCCGUGGCAUGCGUUACGAAUGGACAUUCAAAAUCGUUCGUAAAACUUUAAGCGAGCACAGGUGUUGGUUGUUUGGUGCUGCUCGCUUGGACGACGACGACGACGAUGAUUCCUGGGCGCGCAAAUGGGCUCCGCGCGGCGGGAGAUGCUCCAGCCGGCGUCGGGACACGGAUCGCCACGAGGCUCGGCGCGCCUGGUCUGCCGGUCGAAUGCACGGGGGGAGAGGCCGGCCGAGGAGGAGGAAGAGGGGCGCGUAGAGACGAGACCAGAGCUCUGCUCGCCGAGGUGCGGCAGCUGUACGAGGCGAAGCUGCGGAGGCUCGAAGAGGCGGAGCUGGCGGGGCAGGACACGCUCAGGAUGCGGGAGCGGCUGCUGCGCUCGUACGUGGGUGACCUGGAGGAGCAGAACGAGCUGCUGCUGGAGGCGGCGGAGGACGCGGAGAGGGAGGCGAGCGCCAGGGUGGAGCGCCUCUCCGAGCGCCACCAGCGGGGCCACCACAACCUCCAGGAGGCGAUCGAGAGGGCCACGGAGAACCAGCAGGAAGCGGAGAGGCUCGCCACCGAUAACAGGAACCUGGAGGUCAUGGUAAAUGACCUGCGCUCGCAGUUGGCGUGGCGACACCAGCGGCUGGAGGAGGAGGAGAGGGAGGGGCCCCUGCUUGGCAAGCUGGGGGUGUCUGAUCUGUGGCCUGCAUCGGCUCGAAACGCUCAGCGAUGGGGGCGUGACUCGGAGCUGGAGGAGAUGAGGACCCGCCUGGCGUCCAGGGAGGAGACGAUCGUGUGCCUGCGCAAAGAGGUGGCGCGCCUGUCCGGUCAGCCGAGCUUGCCGGCGCGGCAGGCGCUGUCGAGGCCAGAGGCGGAGGUGGCCCGUGUGAGUGAGCUCCACCGUGGGGCUCUAGAGGAGACGGUACGCCUGCAGGCCAGGCUGGAGGCACAGCGGGUCACGUGGGAUAGCGAGCGGGAGGUCCUGACCACGGAGAUCGCGAGGCUGGAGGGCGACGUGCGCCAGCUGAAGUCGCGACACAGGGAACUCGUGGACGAGCUCUCGGAGGCACGGAGUCAGGUCACCGAGUCCAACCAGGUGUUGAUGGACACGCGGCAGGAGCUGAGCACCGCGCGGAUGGGUUUACGCGAUGCCCAGGACCAAGCGGGUGACCUGGCGGGGCAGCUGGGAGGCUCCGAAGCCCAAUGCAGGGCGUUGGCCCAGGAGACGAGCCGCCUGGAGGGGGAGGUUUCCGCGCUGCGCUCGGCACUCGACGGCGCGGAGGGCACGGUGCGGGAGCGCGAGGGCGAACUUCGGCGCCUGAGGGGCGAGCGGGACGAGGCUCGCGCUCACUUCGAGGAGGAGCACGGCCAGCGGGCGAAGGCCGAGGAGAAGGCGCAUCGGGUGGCGGCCGAGGCCUCCGGGGAGGUUUCUCGGCUGCAGGCGGCCGUGGCCGGGAGCCGUCAGCUGGAGCAGGAGGUGUCGCGCCUGCAGCAGGCACUGGAGAGAACCAUCUCGGCCCUGGAGGAAGCGCACAAGACCUCCGGCGGAGAGAUCCAGCAGAAGGACAAGAGGAUCUUUCAGCUACAGGAGGCCCUGGGAGAGGCUCAGAAGCGACACGAGGUCUGCUACAGGGAGCUGCAGGGCCGCGAGGGCGUCCUGGGCCAGGUGCAGGACCAGGCGAGUCGCCUGGGCGAGGAGAUGGCGCGCCAUGCGCGCGAGGUGGCGCGCUUGGGCGGCGAGCGCGACCGCAUGGGGAUGGAGCUCACGCUGCUGGGAGAGAAGCACCGCACCGCCCAGCAGGAGGUUUCCCACCGGGACCAACUCAUCCUGAGCCUCAAGACGGAGCUGAACAUCGCCGAGGAGAAGCACCGCGGAGCGCAGCAGGAGCUCGUGGGCCGCGAGCGGGAGCUGCUGGCGCUGCAGGAGGAGGUGCCGCGUCUCCGUGGCGAUGCGAAGGACGCGCGAUUGCGCUGCUCCGAGCUCGACGAGCUGCUGAGCCAGGAGCGGCGAGCGGUGGCACAGCUUCAGCAGCGACUGACGGAGAGCGAGGACAAGCUGCGCGAUGCAGAGGAGGCCUCGCGGCGUUCGCGGGAGGCGCUGGACGAGGUGGGGCGCCAGCGCGCGACCGAGACGGAGCAGAGUGAGCGGCGCGUGGCCGAGCUGCGUUCCGAGGUGUCGGCGACUCGCGGAAGCCUGGAUGAGGCCUCGGAGCAGCUCGCCGACGCGAGGGCUCUGGCCGGGGCCGCGGCCCGUGAGCUGGAGGCCACCGCGGAGCGGCUGCGGAGAGCCGAGGAGCAGGCGUCGCGCAAAGCGGCCGAGCUCUCCGCGCUCGACGCCGAGUCGUCGCAGCUGCGCCGGCGACUCGAGGCGGCGGAGGAGGACGGGCGGGCGGCCCGCGCCGACGCCGACGAGCUGCUGCGCGAGCAGCGCACCGUCGUUCAGCGAGCGGCGCUGCUGGAGGCGCGGCUCGCCCAGCUCGAGGAGGAGAGGGAGCGACUCGGGACCGAGCUUGGCAGGGGCAGGGACGUGGAGCGGCGACUGGGCGCGGAGCUGGAGCGAGCGCGGGCGGAGCUGGACGGAGCCGAGCGGCGAUCGCAGGCGCUGCGAGAGCGAGCCGAGGGGCUCGCCGUCGAGUUAGCGGAGAGCCGGGACGUGGGGCGCGCGCGCGACGCGGCCUCCAUCGCACUCUCCAAGAGCCUCGCGCAGAGCCAGCAGCAGCUGGCGGAGUGCGAAGAGGACCUGCUGCGGGUGCGGACGGCUGCGGAGGCGUUCCGCGCGACGCACGCGCACUCCGACUCGGAGCACGAAGCCCUGCAGGGACAUGCGCGCCAGCUGCUCACGGAAUUGGAAUCGGUGAAGGCCGAACUGCAGGCCCGAACAAAGGCCUUGGAGGAGCAAGGGGCCAAACUGGCACAGGCGACCAAUGAGAGAGACUCCCUGGCCGGGGAGGCGGACAGGCGAGAGGCCAGGCUUCACGGCCUGGAGAUGGAGGCGUCCGAGGCGGUGGCCAGAAUCCUCGUGCUGGAAGAGGACGUCGUGAACACUCGCAACCUCUGCCUGCACAAGGAGAAGGCUGCGGAGGAGGCACUGUGUCGCGUGGACCGUGCCGAGCGCGAGUCUGCGGGGUGGCGCGCCGAGGCCGAGGGCCUGCACGCCGACGCGCUCGCCCGCCAGGCCGAGUCGCAGGACCUGCGGGCGACGGCCGCCCGGCUCCGCGCCGACAGCGAGGCCGCCAAGGCCGCCAGCGAUCGCUCGCGCUCCGAGCUGCAGGCGGCGCAGCGCCUCAACCGCGAGAUGGCUCAGGAGAUGGCUCGCGAGCAGGAGCGCGGGGCGCUCAUGGAGGCGGGCCUGCAGGCGGCGCAGGACAAGCUGGGCGAGCGCGUCGCCGAGGCCGUGCGCCACGAGAAGGCUCAGCGCCGCCUGCAGGCCGAGCUGCGCUCCGCCCUCGAGAGCCUCGCCACCGGCCAGAAGGAGGCCCAGGCCCUGAGGCUGCGAGCGCAGGCCCUCGAGGGGGAUCUGUCCGCGUGCCGCACCGCGCUGGCCGAGUCGGAGCGACUGCAGGACGAGCUGGCGCGACGCGGGGCGGCGCUGGAGGAGACGCGUGAGCAGCUCUCCGCUCUGCACCAGCAGCUGGCGGCGGAGGCGGAGGCGACCGCGUCCCUUCGGGAGGAGCUGGAGCGGCAGCGCGAGCGCAGCUCCGGCCUCCAGGCGGAGCUGGGGGUCGCGCGGGAGACGGCGGCGCGGCACGAGGGCGACGCGCAGGCGCUCGCGGCCCGCCUGCAGGACGCCGGCAAGCAGCUGGAGAGGGCCCAAGGCGAGGGGCGAGAUGCGCGUCGGGCGCUGGACGGCUCCCAGACGGAGCUGCGACGAGCUCGGUCCCGCGUCGACGAGGCCCAGGCGCUGGCCGAGCGGCGGCUGCACGAGGUCACGCGGCUGGAGCUGGAGCUGGCGGCCGAGCGGGACAGGAGCCGGGAGCUGCAAGCGGGCGAGGGGCAGCUCCAGCGGCUGCUGAGCGAGCUCUCCGGCGUGCGCGGCGUGCAGCGCGACACGCAGCAGCAGCUCGAGCGCAAGGAGGCGGAGGCGGAGUCGACUCGUGCCGAGCUGUGUCAGGCCGUCGAGAGGCUCGUGCAGCUGGAGACGGAGGUGGCGGCGCACGACAAGAAGGUGAAGCGCUACAAGGUGGAGCUCAAGAAGUGCCGCUCGCAGGCGCAGCAGCAGCAGGAGGAGGUGUCCAGCUGUAAAGAGCAAAUAUCAGCGCUGGAAAGUCAACUGGAAAAGGCAAAGCAAGGAAGCUUGCAGGAGCUGGCGAGCAGGGAAGGCCGCCUGGAGGCGUCAAGGGCCGAACUGGAGGCGGCCCGGGAGCAGCUCCGCGUGCAGGAGGCGGAGCUGUUGGCGGCACGGAGCGACGGGUCUCGGCUCCACCAGGAGAGCGAGCAGGUCAUCUCGAGCGUGCAGGGCUGGCUGUCGCAGCAGAGGAGCGCUCACGAGCAACUGUGCGGCCAAGUCAAGCAGCAGGGCCGCGAGAUCUCUGCGCUGACGGCACAGAGGGACCACCUGCAGGACACCGUGCAGUUGCUGGCGCAGAAGAACGCCGCUCUGAGUGGCGAGCUGGAGAGCUGUAGGGCCGACCUGGAGCGAGCAAAGGCCGAGGUGGAGCGGCAGGAGACCGUGGUGACGCAGCUUCGCUCGCGACUUCACAAACAAGAGCACGAGCAGGAGCUGGAGUUGGCCGAGAAGGCAGCCGUAGCGACGGACAUGCACGGGCGGCUGAGGUCUCACAUCCAGGUCACCCAGCAGCUCAACGACCAGCUGAGCACAAUGAGCAAGGAAAACCUGGAACUGCGUCAGAGCCUGCGGAGGCAGGAGAUGACGAGGGGAGACCUGGGUCUGGCCCAUGCUCCACUGCCCUACAGUCGAACCACGAUGCCCUUGCGGGGAUCCCCCAGAAACCCCUACGCCGCCGAGACCAUGCAGGCGAGUCUCUGAGCGCUCGCCGGGCCGAGGUGUGGAUGGGCACGGUCAUCGUCGUCGUCGUCGUCGUCAUAAGCCAUGAUCUAUCCACUGUUGGAUGGAGGCCUCUCUGUCGCGGCCUCGCGAUGAUCGGGCGGAGUCCGGCUCGUGCACGCACGUGGUCGAUUCCCAUCGCUACCUUCAUCACUGCGGUGGACUUCCUCUCGUUAGGAUUGCCACGUGUCCUUGGUGUCCCAGGAUCAUCCUCUUCAUGAGGUGGCCAUCCUGGGAGAUCUGUAAAGUCUUCCCACGACGUUAAAUGUCCUGGUUACAUCAGCACUUAAGUAAACCCGCUAACAUUAAGUUAUCCCCUUCCCUGCCAGUGAUGUGAGAUAUUCUUCUUAUUCCCGUGGUAACGUUUGCUUUUGUACUUCAAAAGAUUGCAACCCUACCUCUUGAUCAGGUUUCCUCCCCCCCCCUCCUCCCCUUUGGCUGCCACUCUAGAAUCGCUCUCGACCGCCGGUCAUCAUUCCCCUCCGGCGAACACGUCCUGCUCACACUCGCUUAACGCUUAAGUCGAUGCGAUGUCUCUAACCUGGCUUAUCUUCUCUCAUCCACGAUGUGCUCCUCUUUCUGUCCCGGUCCAUUUGCAGGUAGAGCUCGACUCUCCCAUUAUUUCAGAAUCGUCAGAAUCUGUAUUUUCAGACUGCAGGAGAUGGAGGAAUCCGAUAAUCUUAUGAAGCUCUUGUCCACAGAUGUCCAGUAUGGGCACGGGGUCCGAUAGAUACAACAGCAAAUCGAUUCCUCUACCAAAUAUUCGACCAAGCGGACACUACGAAAUGGUUGGGGGGGAAACAAAAAGUCUCGUCUCUUGUUCCCACAUGUGCCGCUGGACGGUAGGUGAUGGGUCGGAGCUUAGUGGUGAAGGCGAUGUCGGCAUUAUCAGCCUUGGGGGGCGGGGGAUGUCUGGGUGACCGCCAAUUUUAAAGGGGGGGGCCCCCAAAAGAAUUGACCAUUCUAAUUUUAAUUCAUUCAUGGACUCAAUUGGCUCAUCAUCCCAGCUCUAAUUCCAAGCUUUCACAAGCUCCCGAGGUCAUUGUUCCAUAAUGAGGGCGGUGGUGGUGUCUGGGCAUUUGAGCCGCAGCCUUUGGGGGGCCUUGUCCCUUUAUUGUUGAAAAUUGCAGAACCUGACACCAAUAAAGUUUCCACCCUCCCCCACUCCACCCCCGUGUGUCUCUGACAACUAUAUGUAGUGUGUAUAUUUUAACCAAGAGGCAGAGAUGCAUGCAUUAUUGACCAUUAGGUUAUUAUACAACGUGUGAUUUGUGUGCUUAUAAAUGACCAUAAAUGUGUUUUACGUUGGUGUACGGGCACAAUUUCUGUGUGUAAUGAUCGUAAAUUCUUCUGGUAUCCCAGCGGAAAGAAAGCGCCACGUAAAAACAAGACUUGAUUUAUCGCAGAAGUGUCUGUAUCUAACGUGCAUUCGUUUAUCCGUGGUGGGUGUCUUUGUUUAAUGCUUUACCGCAAGCCGUCAAAUUCUGUAAAUACAGCACGUGAUUUUAAAAUAUACUUUGUCUACAAAACUAUUUUUCUGAUUUUUCUUUUUUAAAGUCAUCACUCACGCGUUUUGAUUUGCAUAUAUCGCCCUCACUCGGCUUGAAAUGAGCGCACAGCGCCAGCUAUAUAACAGGUACUCCGAAAUCAUCUAUAUCAUCUUUUUGCCUAUGAUGACCAAGUAGAAGUAAUAAUCUGUCCGAUCUCGGAAUAUCUCGAGCGCGGUUGAGCCUGCUUACUAAUUGGAACAGGAAGACUGUCUGGGAAUAAUUGGGUUUUGUUGCGAUGGCCUGGAAGGUUGCAAUAGAAUAUUCAAUCUAUCUGUUGCGGAGUUUUGAGCGUUACUACCUCAAAUGCACGGGUUGUAUUCUGGACACUCCAGUUUCCUCCCACACGAAGCCAAAACGCUCCUUCAUGGAUUUGACCAAACAUCCAAACGUGGAACGACGCUCCUGACAAAAGUCUAAGAGACUCGGGAUUUAGUUGAAAAAUAAAUGGCAACCCUUUAUCAAUGUGCUGAUGGAUGACGGCCUCCACAUAUGGAAUAUUUUCUUGCCAGUAUCAAAGAAUGAAAAAUCUGAAUAGAUUUGACCCUUUGUGGCAAUAAAACAGGUGGUGUUAAGAUGUUCAAACACCAAAUAGAAACCUUUUGCCAGGAAUCAAGUCUGCAUGUUCACCACAAUGUAUGCAUUGUCUUUGCAACUGAUUGGCCCACACCAGAGACAGCUUUCUUUAUGGCCUAGAGCACCUUGACACCUCGUGCUUUAAUGCCAGAAAGGGUAAAACCGAUUCUUAGUUUUCCUUCUUUGAUACUGAAAAAAAAGGUCCCAUGAUAUAGCUGCUCACCCCGAGCUAGAAAUGCUCUGAUUUGUGCAUUGGUAUUGUGCUGUUGACCUUUUGGCGUUCUCUGGCUUCCACAUGCUGCGUGGACCAUUGGGGGUUAUGAGACCACACUUCAUCGCGCUGGACAUUGAGGUUUGGAAAAAGUUGAAGGGGCGAGGACUCG